AUGCCAGGAUGGUCGGACAAGGAGCGGAGGCUGUUUGACGAGAAAUUCGUGCGCGUGGAUCCGAGGAGGCUGUGUGAGCUGACGUCAGCGGCGGAUGUGCUUCAAAUGAAGCCGCUAGUGGACCUCGCUAGCAGGGCACUGGCGCGGCUGAUAGAGGGCAAGUCUCCCGAGGAGAUCAGAGAGACGUUUCAUCUGCCAGAUGACUUGACCGAGCCCCUGGUGGACCUCACGAGCCGGGCGCUGGCACGGCUGAUAGAGGGCAAGUCGCCCGAAGAGAUCAGAGAGACGUUUCAUUUACCGGAUGACCUUACAGAGGCGCUGCCGCGGCUGAUAGAGGGCAAGUCGCCUGAGGAGAUCAGAGAGACGUUCCACCUUCCAGAUGACCUUACAGAGGAGGAGAAGCUGGAGCCGGAGGAGAAGCUGGAGCCGGAGGAGAAGCUGGAGCCGGAGGAGAAGCUGGAGCCGGUGCGGAGCGGCACAGACGAUCCGCGCAUUCGGCUGUUGAACCGCCUUUAUGCAAAGAAGAGGAAGGACCUCCUGAGGAAGAAGUCCCCUCGUCUUCCGGAUCCGGACAAAAACUGCCAUCCAGCCUCGGGAGACGGUGCCAUUCAAGACAGAAUCUCCAGAGGGAAGGAGAGUGGGGUGGAGGAAGCAGGAUCGGAGGGAGAGGAGGGGGGAGAUGGAAAAGAGGGAGGGGAAACGGGGGAAGAGGGUAACGCUCGAAGGGAAGGGGGAGAAGGUAAAGACGGAGGGCAUGUGGUGGUUGCUGAUGGGGUGAUGGAAGUUGGUGGUGGGAGUUCGCUCGAGGCUGGCAGAAGUGGUGGGGAUGGCGCAUGGCUUGACCACAGAGGUAGGAAGGUGGGCGACGUGGGAUUGGGGAGAGCAGGCGAAGGGAGGGAAGUAGCAUUUGCAGCAGCAGCAGCAGCAGCAGCAGAAGCAGAAGCAGUGGUGCCAUCGUCAGUAGCAGGAGGAGGAGGACGAGGAGGAGGAACAGUAGACGAGAGAAGCAGUGCAAUUGGAGUGGGAGAAGCAGCAAGAGAAGAAGAGGCGGUGUGCACUGCUGCGCAAGAGAGGGGAGGAGAGGUGGCGAAAAGGGUCAAGACUCCACGACAGGCUAAGAAGGUGGCAAUAGAGGAACAAGAGGAGGGAAAGAUGGUAAAGGAAGGGACUGGGCAAGUUCAAGCAAGAGAGGGAGCAGGGGAGGGUAAAGGCAGAGAAGGAGGGGUGGAGGAGAAGGUUAGAAGGCACAGCAAGCAGGAGAAGGCAGGAAAGCUGACUCCUCGGCGCAGAACAGCAGCAGCACUGGCUGAAUCAGCACAGGCAGAUGCAGCCCAGGCAGCUGGGGCUGCUGCAUCAAUCUGUGAUAGCACCAGGGUGGCAUAUUCGAGAGGUGUUGGUCAAAUUGGUGAGCGUGCAGAGCUCGUGAAAGACACUUUAGCAAGAGUUGCAGCAGAGGGUGCAGCAGAAGCUGCGACGGCAGUCACAGCACAAGUGUCUGAGCUUGCGUACGGCUCUGCAGGAUUGGGAGCUGUCCUUCUUUGA